GGCUCUUUUUAUCUGCAAAUUGCUUUAGCUACGCUUGGUUUACGCGGACCAAAUACGGGGGGAGGGUGCAGCUGCUAGGCAAGCUGAGCGCGGCGAGGGGAGGGGGGAGGCAAGGGUGCGCCGGCGCGUUUGAUUUCAUGUCACGGAGAUGGCGAUGCAUGCCCGCGUGCAAGCUUCUUCAGUACGAGCCCGGCGGAGCUCCGGGACCGGGCGGCAACUCCCACCCACCGGUCACGGGCGCGUCGAAGUUAAAGUCGCGCGGCAUCGCCGGCGGCGGCGGGAUCGGGGCCGACGCAGAUCGCUGCAAGUCGGGGACCGGCGCCCAAAGAGCACGGAGCUCGGCAAGCGACAUCUGGGGCACGUCGACGAGGCGAACCUGGCCAGAAUAGAGCGGCUGGAAGGCGGCCGCCGGGUUCGCGGAGACUUGGGGGAGCGGCGGCGGCGGUGCCUGCGCGGUCAUCGCGUGACGCGCGUCGAUGGCGCAUCGGCGGCGUCGACGCCCCACGGCCACGCCCACGCCAUCGACGCGGCGCGUCUUGCUCGACGCCCGACGGCACUCUGUCGCCAAAGAAAGAAUUCGACGCAGAACCAAACCGCGCGUGGCGUCGGCGCCGAGCGAGCCCGUAGAUCAGGUUGGAAACCUGGAAAGGUGCAAGGUCUGGCCUCUCGCAGCGAUAGGCUUUGGUGUUCAAACUCUUUUCUGUGCGGUACUAUGCUUAUUUGACGGCGAAUGCCGCGCCUUGAGUCACACAAAUACACGGUGCGAAGAGAUAGCGGCCGGAUGAGACGGACGACACACUCCUGUAAACCGGCAAUGAAGCUGCAAAGACACCAACGAGGAGGCGUCUCCGAGUCCUCAAGGCGGUGGCGAGCACGAGUGUCGCGGGUUGAGGCGAUUUGGGGAUGUGCUAGUGUCUUUACAUGCCGCUAGCUCGGCUUGCCCGAGCAAAGCAAAACAAGCGUGGAGCUCCCUGUGAACACGAAUAAGGCAAAACGUUUUUUCGUUUCGACAUAUCUUGCUGGGACAGUGAACGAGCACCGCCCAGAAGCGCCAGCAAAAUCACACAAGCAGAGCUCAGAGUGCAGUGCGAGUGCAGUGCAGCAGCAACCUCACGCGGCGCCGCACCGAUCACGCCAUCGACGCGAAGCCACAGCAGAGCAGUGCAGCAACCUCACAGCAACAAUAACGCCAUCGACAAAAAACAAGAUGCACCGCCCGCUCACAAUACUAGCAAUACUGACCGCGACCACGAGCUCCAUGGCGCCGCGGCGCACCGCCAAGCCACCACCAGUGCUCCCACCGUACGCAAGAGGCUUCAAUUUCGCGCCACCGCUCUCAUUAGAAAAGUGGGACACGAUGCAGUCGAAAAGGGUCAGGGUGCAGAUUCUGUACACCGUUGGCGACGAGAAGGACCAGACGAACCACGAGCGGACCUUUCUAAGGACGAAGCGCGUCAUCCAGGACCGGUACCCGGACUGUUUCAUCGAGGGCGUCGUCUUGACCAAUCAAGAUGAUGCGUUCAAGAUCUUGGUGGACGCGAAGGGCGUCUACUCCAAGCCGCGCGAGCGCGAGGGCGUCUACCUGUCGACGAAGGUGCUGGAUCGGGAGAUCGCGCGCGCUCGCAAAGCAAGACGGCCGACGACGACCGUGUAUGGAGGCGCCGACGACCUCGAGAACUUCUCGAACGGCCGGGCCGCGGCGGACGUGCCGAAGUACGACUGAGCAUUGCGCUGAUGGCGUCUGGGGCGGCUCGUACGCCGUUUUUGUGAGUUAAUGUACAUAUAUAACAAA